AUGGCGGAUGAGGCCGGUAGAGCGGCAGCACAAAGAAAGAAGCGGCAUGACCGGUACAACUCGGAAAUCGGUGAUUCGGUGAUUCGACAUUAUCGUGAAAAUCUGACGGAAGCUAAGAUGGACAAGAAGAUAAAAUCUGCUCAGCACAAAAAACUCGUCGCAGUGGAAAAUAUUAAGGCGCUGGAGCGCUUUAAGCAGAACUUCAAACCCGAAAAUGUAGGUGAAAUCCCGGAGGUUAUGGAGGGUUUGGAGCAACACAGACAGGACUUUUUUGCCGCGGUGGCAAAGCUGGAAGAGUAUGACGACACCAGUGAUGCGAUUCAAGCCUGUAUUACUGACAGGAUCGAUAUGGAAGAGCGCUGCCGGCGGCUAAAAUCGUUCCUUAGAGAAAACCAGCGGAAGGAAGCCAAUUCGCUCAACGACUCCUUAUUGGCAAACUCAACCCUAGCGUUUGGACGGCCAAACACAUCAAACAUACGUUUUCCCAAAAUCGAAUUACCAACGUUCGACGGUGAUUCGACAAAGUGGUUGUCAUUCCGCGAUCGCUUUGUCGCGAUGAUUGACGCAAGUGCCGAGCUGCCGCCAAUUGCAAAACUGCAGUACUUACUUUCGUCCCUGAAAGGUGACGCUGCGGUUCCCUUCGAACAUGUUACUCUGACCACGGAAAACUAUUCUGUUACCUGGGCUGCGCUGCUUAAGCGAUACGACAACUCACGGAUGCUCAUUCGCGAGUACUGGCGACGGCUACAUUUCCUACCUGCGAUUGCAACAGAAAGUGUCGAUGGCUUGACGUCGUUGGUAGAUGAAUUCGUGCGAUAUGUGAAUGGGUUGCAGAAGCUGCAUGAACCUGUCGACUCAUGGGACACGCCUUUGUCCAACAUGUUGCUGAUGAAGCUGGACAAUGAGACCAUUCUGGCGUGGGAAAGGCAUUCUGUGCAUAAGAAAAAGGAUAAGUACAGCGAGUUGAUCGAAUUCCUGCAAGACCGAAUCCAAAUCCUAAAAUCGAGCCAGAGUAUCUCGUGCGAUCGGAUUGUGGUUCCGAUCAAGGUGGCCGGGGCAUAUCGGCCCACCGCACCACGGCGGUCGGUAACCAACGCUGCUUCUGUGCAAAGGAAUACUCCCGUUUCAUCGACCAUUCAACAAGUGAGCUGUCCAUUGCAGUGUGCAGAUCAUCACCUGGUUCGAAAUUGCCCGGUAUUUUUAGCCAAAAAUACUCAGGAGCGGCGGGAAAUCGCACGGUCAAAGGGAUUGUGCUGGAAUUGUCUCAGUUGUUCCCAUCAAGUGAGAUCGUGCAAAUCCGAGUAUUCUUGCCGUUCGUGCAAGGAACGGCAUCAUACGCUGCUUCAUCAACCACCACAACAACCUACAGUCGCUUUGUCAGCCCAAUCAGAUGAUGAUAUGGUGUUUCUCGAGACGGCUAUUGUGUUUAUCGUAGACGAUUAUGGAGAGAAGCAUGAGGCACGGGCGCUUCUGGAUUCGGGCUCCAUGUCCAACUUCAUUUCGGAUACGUUAGCUCGGAAGCUCAUGACACCUCGAACGAGAGUUAAUGUAUCAGUGUCUGGCAUCGGAACUUCAAGGCAGCAGAUAAAGGGUUCGACCACGGCGAUCGUUCGUUCAAGGAACCUUCAAUUCACCACCCCAUUGGAGUUUCUGAUCCUGGAUACACCCUCGGCGGACAUUCCCACCUCACCAAUCAACGUGUCUUCGUGGAACAUCCCGGAUGUAACGCUAGCAGACCCCACGUAUCAUAUCCCAGGCAAGGUCGAUGUGGUCAUCGGUGGCGAUACGUUCUGGGAGCUGCAUACCGGACGUAAGCAAUCUCUCGGUUCGGGUCUGCCAUGGUUGGUAGAAACGCAGUUUGGAUGGGCGGUAGCAGGAAAUACAACGUAUUCGUCUCAACAACAUCGGGUGUGUAAUAUGGCAACGAGCGACAGUCCGUUGGAAGCCAUAUUGACGCGGUUCUGGGAGAGCGAGACCAUCUUCGACGAACCCGCUCUAUCUCUGGAGGAAGACAUGUGUGAACGUCAUUUCAUCUCUACUACAACCAGAGACCCAUCUGGAGAAUCGAAAGCAAUCGCUGAUCGUCGUCUCCUAGCGGUGGAACGGCGGCUCAAGUCUAACCCUGCAAUGAAGGAGGAGUAUAGUAAUUUCAUGUCGGAGUAUGAGCGCUUAGGGCACAUGAAACAACUCACCGAGCCGGUGGACGAUUCGUGUGAACACUACUAUCUCCCUCAUCACGCGGUGCUUAAGGAAUCGAGCACAACCACCAAGCACCACGGAGGUGGAAGCCUUUCGUUGCCAACAGGGUGGCACAAAUUCAAGGAGAAACUCGGAUCAAGUGCUGGAGGCAUGUUCCUGGUGUAG